AUGUCAUGUAUUAAUGCCAGCAAAGAUUCAGAUAACUGGGAGACGAUGAAGUAUAAUCUGUACACCUACUUCUUCCUGUUGAUAUUUAUACCAGGACUACUGGGGAACAGUCUCGCCCUCUGGAUUCUCUGUCGCUUUAAAAGCAAGAAGACCAAAGCCAUCAUUUUCAUGAUCAACCUCGCCAUCGCUGACCUGGCACAUGUCCUGUCACUGCCGCUCCGCAUUUAUUACUACAUGAACCAUACCUGGCCUUUUGGAAAGGUGAUGUGCUUGCUCUGCUUCUACCUGAAAUAUCUUAACAUGUACGCCAGCAUCGCCUUCCUGGUCUGCAUCAGCAUCCAGCGCUGCGCCUUCCUCAUGCACCCGUUCUGCGCCAAGCGCUGGAAGAGGCGUUAUGAUGUUUACAUCAGCCUGGUCGUCUGGCUGAUUGUUGGACUCUGCUGCUCUCCUUUCAUCUUAAUGAGGAGCAACCUGGACUCACAAAACACCUCCAGCUGCUUUAAGGAUCUGCCCACGAAGAAGGUGGCGCUGGGCACAGCCGUGGCUAUAAUUUCGUUCGGAGAGCUGCUGGGCUUCGUGACACCGCUGACCAUCAUCAGCUGCUGCACGUACUUCAUUGUCCGUUCUCUACGGCAGAGCAUAAACACCAGCGCUUCGACUAAUGAGAAGAAAAGAGCACUGCGGAUGGUGCUGGUGUGCACUGGCGUCUUCGUGUGCUGCUUUGUGCCCUACCAUAUCAACUUCAUGCUGUACAUGCUGGUCAGUCAGUGCAUCAUUACCCAGGGUACUAUGCAGCAGGCUAUUUUAAGGUUCCACCCCAUUUCUUUGUGCAUUGCCAGCCUUAACUGCUGCUUGAAUCCACUUAUAUAUUAUUUCCUCACCACUGAGUUUCGGCAGCAGCUCAGUCGUCAGGGAAGCUCCAUCCUGAGGGGGCGAUUGAUGAGCAUGGAGAGCACUUCCUCAUACAAGGAAUGA